AUAGUAUUGCAUCAUAGCAUUUACGGCGCCCUUAUCGAGAUUAUUUAUAUCACAAUAUUAUAAUGAAUGACCGCGUUAUAGUGAUACAAUAGAUAAAAGGAUUAUCAUCUUUAUUCUGAUAAAUUGCCAAUACAUAAAUACAUCUGUCGCGAAUUUAAGUUUGUGGAGUCAGUAUCGGUCAAUACGGUUGUAAGAAUAUUAUCUAAAAUAGACUUAUAACAGAUUAUCCGCAAGAUGUCGCUGAAACGAGUUCUUAUUGUGAAUAAGUCGUUCCCGCUCGCUGGAUUGGAGUUAUUGAAAAACAAGGUUGAAGCAGUAGUUAUACCGCACCUGGACUACGAACCAGAAAGUUUGCCGACGAUUAAGAAGAAUCUCAAAGGAAUUGAUGGUUUAAUAUGGAACACCAAGCACAAGCUCACUGGAGAACUGCUGGAUUUGGCAGGCCCCCAACUGAAAUCAGUUACGACAAUGGCAUCAGGCAUCGAUCACAUAGAUGUACCAGAGCUAAAGAAGCGCGGUAUACCUCUAGGGAAUACUCCUCAAGUCCUGGAUGAUGCAGUGGCAGACAUCACUGUGGGUCUCCUGAUAGCAGCUGCAAGAAGGUUUAAGGAAGGAGUCCAGGAAUUGGAAGCAGGUGAAUGGAAGUACGGCGUACAAUGGAUGGUAGGACAAGACAUCGCGGGCAGCACAGUCGGCAUCGUUGGCUUCGGCGGCAUUGGACAGGCUGUGCUCAGAAGAUUAAGAGGAUUCGAUGUUGCUCGGUUCAUUUAUAGCGGACGAACUGAUAAACCUCAGGCUAAAACCCUAGGAGCAGAGAGAGUGCCAGUAGAACAAUUGCUUAAAGAAAGUGACUAAGUGAUCCUCGCGUGCCCUUUGAGCAAGGAGACCAAACACAUGAUCAAUGUAGACUCCUUGAAGACUAUGAAGAAGACUGCUGUUGUAGUCAACAUUGGAAGGGGAGAGCUAAUAGAUCAAGAAGCCCUCUACACUGCGCUCAAAGAGAAGCAGAUCUUCGCGGCUGGACUGGACGUGGUGACUCCAGAGCCCAUAGGGAAAGACCACCCACUUAUGUCUCUUCCUAACUGCUAUAUAAUACCUCACAUGGGUAGCGCAACGGUUGAGACCAGAAACAAGAUGGCGUCCAUAUCGGCCAAAAACGUUCUGUUGGGCUUAGAAGGCAAGCCGAUGCUGUUCCCUUGUAUGAUUGUACAUAAUGUAGUUGUAGUGGCGUUAGUCGGUGUCUUGUUGCCGGUAAGCUGUGUUGCACAUAGCACAAUGACGAAAAAUCUAAAGGUUUUGGUGUCGUCCAAAGAUUUUCCGCCGGCGGGACUGAAAGUAUUACAGGAACACUUUACAGUAGUCCAAACAAAAUACCUGAACUUCGAUGAGGAGGGUCGUACUCUUGCCAAAGAUGACCUCUUGAAGCUCAUCCCAGGGUCCUCUGCCCUCGUAUGGAUCUCCAACCUUGCUAUCAGCAAGGAGUUGCUGGAUAAGGCUGGUCCUCAACUGAAGCUGGUAGCAACAGCCUCAGCAGGCUACAACCACUGCAACUUGGAUGAGCUAAGAGCGAGAGGCAUCAAGCUCUCCAACACUCCCAAUGUGCUGUCAUCAGCUGUCGCCGAAAUCGCUAUCGGUCUCAUGCUUGGCGCCGCUAGGCGGUUCACUGAAAACCUGGAUCAGGUUCACAGGGGCGAAUGGGAGAUCGGUUUCGACAAGGUCCUCGGUCAGGAGAUCCGAGGCAGCACUGUGGGCAUCAUUGGAUUGGGAGGAAUCGGACAGGCAGUGGUCAGGCGCCUCGCUGGAUUCGAGGUUGCCAAGUUCCUGUACACUGGCCACAGGGAGAAGCCUGAAGGCAAGGAGUUGGGUGCGGAAUUCGUAAAUCUAGACACACUGUUGGCGCAAAGCGACUUCAUAGUGCUGGCGGUUCCACUGACCAACGAGACCAAACACAUGAUCAACAAAGACACCUUGGGGAAGAUGAAGAGCAAUGCUAUCGUCAUCAAUGUUGGACGUGGAGACCUAGUCGACCAGGAAGCCUUGUAUGACGCGCUGAAGAACAAGCAGAUCUACGCGGCUGGACUUGACGUGACUACCCCGGAGCCUCUGCCCAGAGACCACAAGCUGCUCACAUUACCUAAUCUAUUCGUGCUCCCGCACAUCGGUAGCGCUACAGUGCGCACACGCAGCGACAUAGGCGUGCUAGCCGCCAACAACGUGGUGAACGCCCUCACAGGAAAAGCGCUCAUCACACCCGUCAACCUCUGAAUAGUGGCACAGUAUGAAAGAAGGUGCAGUUUAAGAGCAAAAAGGUUGUAACAUCAUACUGGCUGUAUGUAAUUUAUUAUUGGGAUUCAGCAAUAUUUCAAUUAAAUUGUAGAUUUCUUUA